AUGUCUCUCAAUUGGGACAUGUUCCUCGAUGCUGAGAGUAUCAACAUACCGAACGACCAAUGGUCCGAUCUCACUGCCUUUCCAACUGGCCCCCUCACCUCUGAAAUGCCCAAGUCCACCACCGCCGACACAUCCGGCGCAGACCCUGACGACGUCACAAACUUUAACAAUUUCCUCAACGGCAACUCAGUCGACCCAUACUUGGACGACGCCGUCUUCGCAUCGAACGACUACUUCCUGGGCGACCUCGAAGUCCUCCAAUUUGGCAACACUGCUGGCGGUGGCGCGUCAACAUCAGAGUCCUCUCCAGAGCCAGUGUCUGCUAUCAGCACUUCGGCCCAUAGUCCGGCCGCACUGCUAGCUGAGCUUAAUCAACUACCACAGAUGACCGCUGCUCAGAGACAAGCGCUUCAACGCGCCAACACCUUUCCCAACCCGACCUACGAGUCCAUGUUUCCGAACAACAUAGACGCUGGCUUCGUCGAAGACCUCACAUUCCCAAACGGACCAAGGGGUGUCGCCACCACGACAAAACCCCCUCUCGAUCGGACCCAAUCAUCAAACAGUGUCAACAACGGUACCAAGAGAACCAAGAACAAGCCAGAUAUACUCUCCGCUUGCUGGACGUCGCCACUCUGCCCAAAUCAUGACCAUGACGGCCCGCCACCCAAUCCAUCGAGCUGUGGCGGCGGCUGUGCACCAUUUCUGUUCGCCAAUGAUGAUGCUCUUCCAAUCAUCAAGGACCUGCUUACCGAGCCACAAGAAGUAACUGCGGCAGACGGAGUGGUUGAGAUCCAGCCACGACGAAAGAAGCGAUCAGAAAGCACCACGUCAAUGAAUGAGCCAUCUGGCCGUCAGCUUCAGAGCUUAAACACCACAGCCAGCCCAGCUGAAGACAGACAACGAAUGAAAAGCGAGACAUCCGAAGACUCACCGAACAAAGAAUCUCCACAAGCUAGCGAUGAUAAGCCAAAGAAUCGUCGGCGACUGCCACACAACCAAGUUGAACGGAAGUAUCGCGAGUCCCUCAAUACACAGCUCGAGUCACUGCGACGCGUCGUCCCCUCACUUCAGCAGAACCAAGCAGCGUGCGAUGGCGCGGACAUUGAGGAUCUGCCAACACCAUCGAAGCCUAGCAAGGCUGUCAUCCUGGCCUCAGCUACUGCGUACAUCAAGCAGCAGGAUAAAGAUAAGAAGACCCUUACUGAUGAGAACCACCUGCUCAAAGCGAGGAUCAAAGCUCUCCAGGCACUGGUGAAGUGCGAUGACUGCAGCUUGAUGCAGUAUGUCAUGGAUCUGAAGAUUAAUCAGGCAAAGUGAAAAGUCUUCGCGAUCUCUCUCAUUGGCAUCAUAACGGCGUUUGGGAACGAUCGACGACAAUGAAAAAGAAUACCGGUAUUACAGGCCGAAUUAAAGCGCAGUCAAUCACUUGCACA